AUGGGCCGGGAGACGGGCGCGGGUGAGGCGGCGGCGGGCCCGGGCCCGGGCCCGGGGGCGGGGCCGGGGUGGCGGGGGUGGGCCCCGCGGGCGGCGCUGGCCGUUGCCCUGGUGACGGCAGUGAUGGCGGGCUGGCUGCUGGGCCGGGGGUCCCGCGGGCCGGUCAGGGGGCUGCUGGGGUGGCUGGAGAGGCAGGAGGCGGGGGUGGGCUUCCUGCUGUUCGCCCUGGCCUUCACCUUCCUGUCCUUCCCCUGGAGCUGGGGGUACACGCCGCUCAGCCUGGCCCCCGGGUACCUGUACGGGUUCCAGCGGGGGCUGGCGGUGCUGGCGCUGGGGGUGCUGGCGGGCACGCUGCUGGCCCACCACGCCAUCCAGCGCUGCCUGAGCCGCCACAUGGCCACCCUGGUGAGGGACAGCGCCAAGCUGAGCGCCAUCGUCCGCGUGCUGGACGGCACCAGCGGCCUCAAGGUGGUCUUCCUGGCCAGGCUGACCCCCAUCCCGUUCGGGCUCCAGAACGCCGUGUUCGCCAUCAGCAAGUUGGAGACAUUCCAGUACUUAACCACCUCCACUAUCGGCCUGCUGCCCUCUCAGAUUCUCAACUCCUACAUGGGCAGCACAGUCAGGUCACUGGAAGAUGUCGUCAAUCACCAGGGGGUGGAAGGCUACCUUGUGUUUGCAUUGCAGAUCCUCAUCAGUGUUGGAAUGAUGCUGUACUUUGUACGACGUGCCCGGCACGAGCUCAACAACACCAUCAAAGCACAUGAUGCCAACAAACAAGAGGGCAUGCUGGAGAACGGGAAGGACAGAGACGACGUGGGAAGGACUAAUGUUGCCUCAGACAUGGACCUUGUGUGACCACGCUGAACUAUAAACCCAGAUACCAGCUGGCUGCCUGGGAGGCAUGCCAAUGUAAGGUAGCAGAUUUGCUCCUGGUUUGCAGAGAAUGGGCACCAAUGGAGUGUAUUCUCUUUGUGCCAGAGUGGCAUAGCAGGUGGUUUCAUGUCUGAAUGUCUUGACUAUUGAUACUGGGGAUCUCUUUGCUCUCAAAGCCAGGAGGGCAGGAAGUGAAAGGAUUGCAGAUGGAUCCUGCACAGAUCAUUGUUGUAGUGAGACUGUCAGCUGGUCAGUGCGAGGGUUGCAAUGGCUUGAUCCUCGAACUGGGGUGUCUCAGGAUUCCAGACGCUUUUCCAGAACAUCACUUUCCUAUAAUCCCUGACUGUCUUGUUGGUAUUUGUGUGCAGGUGAUUUAUGAAGGCUCCAUUCUGCUCACGCACACCAGGUUCACUCUUAUCCUACCUGCUUCCAACAGGGAAUUGAGCUUGCCAUCGGGCAGUGAGCCAGUCUGAAUCCCAAGCCCUGUACAUUCCACCAGCUGACACUGCGCACAGUGUUCCAAUGCCGUGGCGAGGUGGCUGUGUGCAGAGGAGAAUGUGUGUAUUGAGGAAAUACUGAUUUAUCAUUGAUGAAUGACGAGAUUUCGACAGCGAGGACGGGUUGCUCUGAGGAAACCUAUUGCCCUGAUUUGCCUCAUAACCCUUUAUGUAGAGAAAUAUCUGUACAAGGUAAUGCAUUCAAAUUUUAUUUAGUGGGUUGAGACUGGAGGCUUUGCCAGAGUCUUGUGUAACAGGCAGGCAAAUCACAGAUAUCCCCUGGAUAAGGGAUGCUCCAGUAAUCUUAAGACAGUAUUUAAAGGUCUGCACAGACUGAGUUGCAGUUGAUGGCGUUGACUGUGAGAUUCCCACAGGCGCAGUGCGGAGCUUGGCUGCCUGUCUUCUGUGCAGCGUUUGUUUUGAUUCAGGAUGUUGAGGUUGCAAACACCAUUUUGACUGACCGAUGGAGCUUCAUUUAGCUCAGUGCAAUGGGGAUUGGUGAUUGUCAGUAAUAUUUGAAAAAAUGCUAAAAUUAUUCUGAACUCAGAAUUUAAUUUUUGGUGAGACGGGUGUCUGACAUAUGACAUAUGUCUGAGGGCAGACAAACUUAGAGCUGACCUAGAAAUGUGGACGGUUAGUGUAGAGGGCGCUUUACUCUGUCUCUAACCCUUACCUGGGAGUGUGGAUACACAGUGUAGAGGGAGUGACCUGCACUGGGUGCCCAGAAUUUUCCGACACCAACAUCCUUCAUCUUAUUGAGGAAAAUAUGUUUUUGAG